AGGCCGGCUACUCUAUGCAAGCUGCGUGAUGACAGAAGGUUGAAAUAAAAAUCCUAAUGCGACCAAGAAUUAUUACACGGUUAAAAUCACACCUGCACCAGAGUUGUUUAACAUAUUCUUAUUCUUCGUAUAUAAAAAUGGAUCGUAAAAAGAGCAAAACAAAGGUGGUUUCAAGAUUGGAGGCCUCAAAGAGAGGCAAGAAUGAUAUUCCUGCAUCAGCCUCUAUAACGCUGACUGUGCUGUCUGCUGCCCCAGAAGGCACUGGUUCCAGUGUUCUACUUAAGCUGGCUUGUGAUAGGUAUUUGUUUAAUGCUCCAGAAUCCGUGCAGUUAUUCACAGAGAGUGUCAACAUCAAUAUGGUGAACAAUAUCUUCUUCACGAGAAAAAGUCAUGAAGCUCUGAGUGGCCUUGGAGGGUUUCUAUUGUGUAAUACUGAAAAUUUUGAGCGGUCUGAAACAAUAAAACUACAUGGACCUCCUAAUGUGGAAAAGGUGCUGGACCUAUUAAGUCACUUUUCAGAGGGACAUGCUGAUCCAAGGGCAAGAAUUGAAUGGCGUUGUUUGCCACACAAGUCAUACGAAGAUGCUCAAGUGACAGUGGAAUAUGUGCCUCUAUAUGACGAGCGUUAUGACGGCAAUAUUGAGAACAUGCCUAGGAACAGAGCUGACAUUGAUGAGGAAGAUGAGAUUGAUCAAGCUAAACAUAUGACAAUGGCUUAUAUUGUCAAGGUUUGA